GAAUCAGCGAAUCCCUCCAGAUCCCUGGCUUGUCGCCUCACCUUUCUCCUAACCAUCUCUUCCGCCAAAAACCAUGGCCUCCCUCUCGAUUCUCAAUCCAUCACCAAUCUUCUCAACAACAAACACACCUCCAUUGACCAACGUCCUCCUCUUUUGUCAAUUCAACUCAAAAUCAUUCAACCUCUGGUCAAAAUUUCGUGGGUUCAUCAUCUUCAAGACUUAUCCCCAAUCCCCAUUUCGCAACCUAAAACCUGAAUAAUUCGAACAAACAGAAACACGGUGAUUGAUUCCCUAUUCCUCCCCAAACUAAUUCCUCGUUUUUUGUUUCCCGGGAAAAGAAGUCAUGAUUCCGAUUGCAGUAUGCACGAGAAGAUGAAUGGAGAGAAGAGGGCAAUCACCUCUUCGAUCGGAUGUUUGAUCCUCAUUCUCGUUGUUUCGGGUUAUCUGCCACGCUGUGUUCGUUGUCAAGACGACCCCUAUGAUCCUCCUGCGAACAAUAAACGACCUAGAAUUGCCCCAUUGUUUUCAAAUUUCCUUUCUCAACAAUUCAACAAGUCGAUUAGGAGAUACAAAACUUCAAUCCAAAGAACCCUACACUAUUGCACUGAAGAUGUGGACAAAGACAUAAACGGAGCUUUCAACUUCGAAGGCAAAGACCAAUUCUUCACAAAUUGUCAAGUGAAGUUCAAAGAUCUUGCAAAGAGAUUAUGUACAGCAGCUGAACUUAGAGUAUACUUCACAAGUUUUAUAAAAGAAGUCGAUGAUUCCACAAAAAGCAUUUCACAAGCUCAUUUCUUGGACCCUAACAGAAACUGUAAUCUGACAUCAUGGACAAGAGGAUGUGAGGCAGGAUGGGCUAGCGCUGUAAAUCCAGGCCAGAAAUAUGAAUUCAAUGAGACAGAUCCACGUAAAAUCCCUUUCAGAACAGAUAACAGUCAACCAUGUUGUGAAGGGUUUUUCUGUCCUCAAGGUCUCACUUGCAUGAUACCAUGCCCUUUGGGUGCAUAUUGUCCUGUUGCAAAGCUGAAUAAAAAAAGUGGAAUUUGUGAUCCAUACCACUACCAACAACCUGCAGGAAAGCCAAAUUACACUUGUGGAGCGGCUGAUAUGUGGGGUCCUGUACAGAUGGGUAGUGACAUGUUUUGUGCGCCAGGGCAUUAUUGUCCAACGACAAUUAAGGAAAUCCCUUGCCCCAAAGGGCGUUACUGCAGGAUGGGCUCUGUUAAAAGCAAGCUUUGUUUUGCUGGAUCAAGGUGUGAGAAAGAGACAAAUAUUCCAAGCAUGAAGGCUUUCGGAAUCAUGCUCAUUGUUUUGUUGACGGCUAUACUAAUUAUCGUGUAUAAUUGCUCAGACCAACUCAUGUCAACUCGCUACAAAAAACAGGCAAAAUCCCGAGAAGCAGCAGCGAAACACGUUCGAGAAACAGUUCAAGCGAGAGAAAGAUGGCAAGCUGCAAAAGAAAUGGCCAAAUCCUCAGAUUUAUUAGGGUUACAACAACAGCUGUCAAAAACCAUUUCAAGAAGAACAAGUGCAAGACACGAUUCAAAACCGAAAAUCCCCAAUCCCUUUUCAAUCGGAAGUAAAAAGGAAACAACGAAACUCACCGAAAUGUUGGAGUCGAUGGACGAUGGAUCCAGCAACAACAAUGACGACAACAGUUGGUUCGGUUUGGAAGAUGCGACGAAGAAAAAGGGGAAAACGAAGAAAGAUCUUCACACGAAAAGCAAAAUAUAUAAAUACGCGUAUGGUCAAAUCGAGAAGGAGAAGCAAAUGGAGGAGAUGAAUAAGAACAUGACGUUUUCGGGAUUGCUUUCCAUGGCACAACGGAAAGGUGAUGAUAUCAGGAAAAGACCUCGGAUUGAGAUUGCUUUCCAGGAGUUGACUUUGACUCUGAAAGGGAAACAGAGAUAUAUUAUGAGAUCUGUUAGUGGCAAAAUUAUGCCGGGGAGAAUAUCUGCAGUCAUGGGUCCUUCCGGCGCCGGAAAAACCACCUUCCUCUCUGCUCUCACCGGAAAGAUAACUGGAUGCACCAUGUCGGGGAUGAUUCUGGUCAACGGAAAAAACGAAUCCAUUCAUUCUUACAAGAAAAUCGUCGGUUUUGUCCCCCAAGAUGACAUCGUUCAUGGCGAUUUGACAGUGGAAGAGAAUCUCCGAUUCAGUGCUCGCUGUAGACUAUCCGCUGACUUGCCAAAACAUGAUAAAGUUCUUAUAAUCGAAAGAGUAAUCGAGUCAUUAGGACUCCAGGGAAUACGCAAUUCCACAGUUGGAACAGUGGAAAAGAGAGGGAUUUCCGGAGGACAAAAGAAACGAGUAAACGUCGGAUUGGAAAUGGUGAUGGAACCCUCGUUGUUGAUAUUAGACGAACCGACAUCCGGUCUCGAUAGUUCAUCUUCCAGUUUGCUUCUUAGAGCUCUUCGUCGUGAAGCUCUUGAAGGUGUUAACAUCAGCAUGGUCGUUCACCAACCAAGUUACUCGUUGUACAAGAUGUUUGACGACUUGAUACUUCUGGCGAAAGGCGGAAUUACAGUCUACCAUGGACCUGUGAAAAAGGUGGAAGAGUAUUUCGCAGGGUUAGGGAUUACGAUACCGGAGCGUGUAAAUACACCAGAUUAUUUAAUCGAUAUUCUCGAAGGUAUGAUAAAGCCAAACGGCGGCGUGACAGCUCAGCAACUUCCGGUAAGAUGGAUGCUUCAUAACGGAUACAGAGUACCCCCUGAUAUGUUACAUCUCUGCGAUCAAAGUUCUUCUUCUUCACUUCCACCUUCAAAUCCCGAAGCCAAAACCAGUGAAAUCCAGCGAGAUGUUCCAACGUAUAAUUUCUUCAGAACUCCAGAUUUAUCCGGCAGAGUAACUCCCGGAGUUUUAACGCAGUAUAAGUAUUACCUCGAAAGGGUUUUCCGGCAACGAUUACGUGAGGGAAGAGUACAAGCUGCAGAUUAUCUGAUUCUUUUGCUGGCGGGAACAUGCUUAGGAACAAUGGCGAAAGUGACAGACGACACAUUCGGUGCUACUGGUUAUCAGUACACAGUCAUUGCUGUAUCACUGUUAUGCAUGAUUGGAGCUUUGAGAACAUUUUCACUGGAUAAACUACAGUAUAAAAGGGAAAGCUCUAGUGGGAUGAACAGUUUAUCGUAUUUUCUAUCAAAAGAUACAAUGGACCAUAUAAAUACAGUGAUGAAGCCUUUAGUUUAUCUUUGUUUAUUCUAUUUCUUCAACUAUCCAAGAUCAAGCUUCGGGUCAAAUUAUAUAGUUUUGGUCUGCCUUGUUUAUUGUGUAACCGGCAUAGCCUAUACCCUCGCCAUCUCCCUCCAGUUUAGUCAAGCCCAAUUGUGGUCUGUGCUUCUUCCUGUUGUUCUAACCCUAAUCGCGAAUCAGAGCAAAAAUUCUGCUGUUUCGGUUAUAACACCAUUUGUGUUUCCAAAAUGGGCUUUGGAAGCUUUUAUUAUUGCAAAUGCAAAAGAGUACAAUGGUGUGUGGUUGAUGACGCGAUGUGCUGCAUUGAAGCAUUAUGAUUAUGAUAUUCAUAACUCGAACAAAUGUUUAUGUUUACUUAUUGCUACUGGUUUAGGUACACGUAUUAUAGCUUUCACUUGUUUGCUUACUAGACAGAGAUAGCCGAAAAAACCUUUGUAAUUUGUACAAUCCUUCUUUUCACAUUUUUUUUUUUUUUUAAAUAGAUACAUGAUUGAAACGAAUAUCAUACUAAGAGUAGAACCCAUUUUAUGAGUUAACCUCUAUGUUGACGACUUGGGAUUGAUGGAUUUCUUGUAAUCUGAUUAAAAUUUGGGUCAUUUUAGGUCUUCUUUCAGGUGAAAUGUGAGUACAAUCAAGUGCUAACUCAGCAAGCUUCAACAUAUCUUCAUGCCUUUCUUUUUCUCCUAAUAUUUCCAAGUCAAAUAUGUCCAUUGACCAGUCGCUAUUCAAAACACCUCUAACCCAAUCUAAAAGAUCCUCCUGGUUAUUAUUAUCAUUAUCCCCUGGUACUUUCCCUGUAAUCACCUCCAAUAGCAAAACCCCAAAACAAUAAACAUCAGCUUUGUUUGUCAUCUUCUUCCCUUCCACAAACUCGGGACACUUCCCGAUCGCAAGUUUCUCAGAUGAUCUUUGCGAGGGUAAAAGUGGAAAGUAGCCAUAAUCCGUGAGCUUGGCUUGUACGCUUUCGGUUUCUUCUGUAAAGUUGAUAAGUACAUUUGACGAUUUUAGGUUUCCAUGAGCCACCUUUUGUGAAGAUAGAGAUUGUUCCAAGAAAAUUAAACCCUUUGCAACAUCCAUCAUGAUUUCUACCCUUGUUGUCCAUUCAAGUGGUACCCUCGCAAACCCUCGAUUUUCUACACAUUUCAACAACUAUCAGAUAGAGUUAUAUAAACAGAUAGAUAGACAGACAGAUAGAUAGAUACGAACCAUGUAAUAACUCGAAUAGGCUUCCAUUUUGGAUGAAUUCGUGAAUGAUUAGCUUUUCUUCUUUGGAGUAGUAAAAGGAAACAACCUCUACUAGGUUUUGAUGCUUUAACUUUCCGAGUAUUUGCAUUUGUUGUAUGAAUUCCUUUUUGCUCAAGGAAUUCAUCUCUUUCAUUCUUUUUACAGCAACAACCAUACCCGAUUCCAAUGUCGCCUUGUAGGUGGUGCCUAGUUUUCCAUUCCCGAGUACUUCAGCUGAUGACCUCAGCAAAUCAUCCAAGUCAAAAACCGGCU